AAAUCAAAUAAUGUCAGAGAAUAACAGCUCAGAGGAAUUCGAGACGUGGGUCAGCAACUUCUGCUCCCUAUACGGCCAUGACUAUUUCGUUGAAGUUGCUCCAGAGUUCAUAGAGGAUGAUUUCAAUCUAACUGGGCUAUCUUCAAUAGUUCCAUUUUAUAGAGAAGCCCUAGAUAUGAUUUUGGAUUUCGAACCUGAAAAACCAAUAAGUGUUAAUGAUUUGCCUCUGGUACAGCACAGUGCUGAGCUAUUGUACGGGUUGAUCCAUUCAAGAUACAUUUUAACUAAACAAGGAUUACAAGCCAUGGUUGAGAAGUAUGAAAAGAAACAAUUUGGGACAUGUCCCAGAUAUUAUUGUGAAGGAAUGCAUCUUUUACCUAUUGGAAGACAUGACCAGCCUGGUGUGGAGACGGUUAGACUCUAUUGUCCUUCAUGUUUUGAUUUAUACUUACCAAAUAGUUCAAGAUAUUUGAAUAUUGAUGGUGCAUUUUUCGGUACAACAUUUCCUGGAUUAUUUAUCAAGAUAUUCAAUGAGAUUGAAAAUCAAAUAAAACAAAGAAAUAAAAAACAAUAUGAUCUAAAGAUCUUUGGGUUUAAAAUACAUGAAUUAAGUCCUGUGGGUUCAAGAAUGAAAUGGUUAAGAAAAGUUCCAAGAACUAAAGAAGAGUUGGAUGAAUUGAAAACUUGUGAAUAUCAAAUAGCUAAUAAUUUGGGACAAGAGAGUGAAGAUGAUGAGGGUGAACAUAUUGAUGAUGAUAAUGAAGAUGAUGAGGAUGGAGAAGAUGUUGAAAUGGUGAGAUGAGUUUCACUACAAUUAGGGUUUUCUGUACAAUAAAUUAAUAAUGGAGUAUAUAUUACUUGAG